UUCCGGUCGAACGACACUUCUUAAUCGGUCUCUUUUCGUUUGUAGUCGUCGUCGAGGGCGGACGUCAAUCGUUUAAAAUGACUUCUAAAGUGUCGAAGGAUAUCCUCUACGAGUGCGUGAAUGAAGUGCUCAAGGGAGCCAAGAAGAAGCAUCGCCGCUUCCUGGAAACCGUGGAACUGCAGAUUGGCCUGAAGAACUACGAUCCCCAAAAGGAUAAGCGUUUCUCCGGAACUGUCAAGCUAAAGUACAUCCCACGUCCGAAAAUGCAAGUCUGCGUCCUUGGUGACCAGCAGCAUUGUGAUGAAGCCAAGGCCAACGACAUUCCAUACAUGGAUGCCGAAGCGCUGAAGAAGCUGAACAAGAAUAAGAAACUGGUCAAGAAGCUAGCUAAGAAGUACGACGCUUUCCUGGCCUCCGAGUCGCUGAUCAAGCAGAUUCCCCGUCUGCUCGGUCCCGGAUUGAACAAGGCCGGCAAGUUCCCUGGUCUGUUGGCACACAGCGAAUCGAUGACGCAGAAAAUUGAUGAAGUCAAGGCUACCAUCAAGUUCCAGAUGAAGAAGGUCCUCUGUCUGUCGGUUGCCGUCGGACACGUCAAGAUGUCUCCCGACGAGCUGGCUCAGAAUGUACAUCUUUCCAUCAAUUUCCUGGUUUCGCUGCUGAAAAAGCACUGGCAAAACGUACGCUCGCUGCACAUCAAAUCCUCGAUGGGAGCUGCUCAGCGAUUGUACUAAUUUGAUGUUUGUACCCCAAAAGGAUACGAAUGUUUGAUUAUUAUUAAUGGGAAAAAUUUUGUUUACUGCAAUAAAUGGCAAUAAACGCUAUCGAAUAUAUAA